AUGCUUCGAGUUUCACUGCUCCCAGAUUUUCGACGCAUGUACAAGAACAAGAGUACCGGUGAGAUGUCCGUGAUGCCUUGUCUGCUGCUGUUUACGAAUUGCUACGCUGUCAUGUUCUAUGCCCUCGCUAUCGAUAACAUCGUACCUCUGUUUGCUAUCUCGAUUUUGGGCAUCGUCACGGGAGUAUUCUUCAACUAUUUCUUCUACCAAUGGGCUGUCGACAAACGGUUCGUCGUGUGUGCUUUCAUCGGCUCUUUUACCGUGUGCGUGCUCGUGACGGUCUAUAGUGUCCUUGCACUGCAUGGAUGGACGGGUCAAUCUCAAGCUUCAGUUGGUACAACGCUGGGUUUCAUUACCAUUGGGACGACAAUCGGUCUGUACGUGUCACCAAUGGCUACGAUCGCAAAGGUCAUUCGAACCAAGACGGCGUCUUCUAUGCCUUUUACGAUGGGUGUGGUGAACGUAUUCAACAGCUUUUGUUGGGGGACGUACGCCGUUUUGAUCGACAACAUGUUCAUUCUGGGCCCUAAUAUUGUGGGAUUCAUUUUGGGUUGCAUCCAAUUGAUUCUUACGUAUAUCUACAGACCUAAAAACCCCUUUUCGAUUGAAGAUGCCGAGGACAAAGGAUCAUUUUCUGUGGCAUUUUUCUCUCCAGAUCAAAAAGUUGGACCUUGUUUCGAUUUCGGGACGGGGGGAGAGUCGAAUGGUGAGUAA